GAGUGGGAAAGCAGUCUAAACUGAGCAGCGGAGGCUACUCGCAGACGGGAGUAGCGGUACGGUAGAAGAGAUCACCCAUUUUCCCGGAUAAAAUAUAUUAAUUCACCUGGAAAACGUUUCUUUAAAUAACGGUUAAACAGCCCUCCUAAAUUGAGAUACCUUCAUGACGGAUAUAAGGUUUUUCUCUUUUUCGAACAUCCAUGUAUAGAAAACUCCACGCACAAAAGCCUUCCACAACAAACAGCCUGUACAUGCUGCCUACAAAAUAUAACCUAUUUGGCAAUAAAUAAUCAUUCCAUUGAGGGCGUUUAACUGCGCGUCAGCCGCUUUUGUACAGCUUUCCGUUACAUUUAACAGCGAGCAUGGACGAAGACAAUCAAGUCUUUGAGGAGCUGUCCCCGGAGGAGAGAGACGAGCUUUCCAACAUUCGGCGAAGGAAGAAAGAGCUGCUGGACGACAUUGAGAGGUUGAAGUUCGAGAUCGCCGAAGUCAUGACGGAAAUCGAGCAGCUGACCUGCAUGGGCGAGAGCAAGUGUUCACAGAGGAACAAACAGAUCGCUGUGGGGAGGAAGAAGUUCAACAUGGAUCCUAAAAAGGGCAUCCAGUUUCUCCUGGAGAACGACCUCCUGCAGCAGACCCCUGAAGACAUCGCCCAGUUCCUCUAUAAAGGGGAGGGGCUGAACAAGACUGUCAUCGGCGACUACCUGGGGGAACGGGACGAGUUCAACAUCAAAGUCCUGCAGGCCUUUGUGGAGCUGCACGAGUUCGCCGACCUCAACCUGGUGCAGGCCUUAAGGCAGUUUCUGUGGAGCUUCAGGCUCCCAGGAGAGGCGCAGAAGAUUGACAGGAUGAUGGAGGCCUUCGCCUCCCGGUACUGCCAGUGCAACCCGGGAGUGUUCCAGUCCACAGACACGUGUUACGUGCUCUCCUUCGCCAUCAUCAUGCUGAACACCAGCCUGCACAACCCCAACGUGCGCGACAAGCCGGCGGUGGAGAGGUUCAUCUCCAUGAACCGCGGCAUUAACGAGGGCGGCGACCUGCCCGAAGAGCUGCUGCGGAAUUUAUAUGAAAGUAUUAAAAACGAGCCUUUCAAAAUCCCGGAGGACGAUGGAAACGACCUGACGCAUACCUUCUUCAACCCCGACAGAGAGGGAUGGCUCCUCAAACUGGGGGGGAGAGUGAAGACCUGGAAACGCCGGUGGUUCAUCCUCACCGACAACUGCCUGUAUUACUUUGAGUACACCACGGAUAAGGAGCCGAGGGGAAUCAUCCCUCUGGAGAACCUGAGCAUCCGAGAGGUGGAGGAGCCCAGGAAACCCAACUGCUUCGAGCUGUAUAACCCAGGUCACAAGGGUCAGGUGAUCAAAGCGUGUAAGACGGAGGCCGACGGGCGAGUGGUGGAGGGGAAUCACGUGGUGUACAGAAUCUCCGCCCCCACGCCAGAGGAGAAGGAGGAAUGGAUCAAGUCCAUCAAAGCCAGCAUCAGCAGGGAUCCGUUCUAUGACAUGCUAGCCACCCGGAAACGAAGGAUCGCGAACAAGAAAUGAGGCGCUCCAUCCCGGGGCGUAGCGUGGACUGUCACCCUGGCAACGCUCGCGGGACAGUAUUUUGACGGAUUCUUCUGCGUGGACACUCCGCACUGAGCGGCUGCUGAUUGGCCCACAGGAUCAAGUUGGAAGCUCAAGGCAUGAGGCGGUCGGAAAUAUUGCACAACACGGCACUUCCCAUAAAUUACUUUGUAGAUACACAUCGCUGUUAGUGUCCACCCCCAUACAUUACGAUCCUUGCUGUGUUCAGACGACCUAAGUAACACUACUGCUGCUUUUGAUGCAGGGAUGUCCUCUCCAGUUGUUCCCUGUUGUCUGGGUCCAGAUGGCACUUUUGAGGUGCCCUUUGAGGUUGUCCCAGGAAAGCUUCUUCUGACCUCCUGGGACACGCGUGCUCACACACAUACAUACACAAACGAACACACAUACAGGCACACAUACCAAGUAGUACAAGAUCUCAUGUGCAAAACCAGGUAUUUUUGAAAGUGGACACUGAUAACAAACCACUGUUAAGUGUUCAAAGGUGAAAGCACCCUUAAAUGUUCAACCUGAAACAGACAGGAAGCAGCCAGGACUGUGACCCUUUUUCCUCACCUCUAUCACAUGACUCCAGCAAGCCAAUCACGCAGAGAUAAUCCACCAAAUAUUUUAAGUUUCGCAAAAGGCAAAACUGUGCUAUAAAUGAUAAAAAAUGAUAUUCAAAAUCGUGAGAAAAAUAUUUUCUAUAUGUCAAAAUAUUCUAUAUGCUACUCAGUGUAUUAAAGCAGUAAAAAUUAUUGUCAUUUUCAUAUAUUUAAGUCUAUGCAUAUAGUGGAUUGUAUAUUCUGUAAUAAAUGCAAACAUUGGAAUAAUGAUUUAUAAAUAUAUUAGUAAAUAUUCUGUGUAUUUUGACAUAUAUUAAAUGUGUUCUUUACAUUUUGCAAUUCAUAUUUUACUACAUUAUAGCCAUGUAUUGCUAAAUGUGCCACAUAUUACUGGCACACAUUUAUCCGUUUUCUUGGGGGAUGUGUUAAGCUAUUGUUACAGAAUCUAAAGUUGGUCCAUAACAUUUUAAAAAUAUCUUGACUUUAAAUCAGCUGGACUGAUUGCAUGUAGCCUGUGGUUUAAUUGAAAUGUAGGAAAUCAUAUUUUUAAAACACCUCCUCACUCAGUGAAGGUUGGGGUGCAGUCAGUUUAAGCUUUUCUUUGUAGGACUUCAGUGGAGGAGACAGGUAUUUAUAUGUCAUGUGAUCGCUAUAUGUAUAACUGAUUGUGUUUUGGUUUCUGUAAUGUGUACCCACAGAUUCUUUUAACACCAGAUUCUCAGCUCCUGUGUUCUUUCCAUUCUUGUUUCUUUUGAAUAACAGACGUUUCUAGUUUGUUACUGGAGUUUCCGAAGCUAUAUUCCAGAAAAAUAUUAUAUUCUAAUAUAUAUACAGUAUAUUCCAUUCUUGCAGUACUAUAUUUGGUCAUUCCCCUUAAAUUGUUCAGAAGAUGCAUAACAUUGGAAUAUUUUGGCUUCAGCAGUAAAACAGGAUUUUCAACGCCUAGAAUACAGAGCUGAAUAUCUAGUGCAUCUAUAGAAUCUGGGUUGUAAAGAACAUGGUCUACCUGUCUGCUUUGAAAUACAACUACAAUCCCAAACAGCCAGUUACGUUUGUAUUUCUUUUUUUGUGCUGUUGCAAAAAAAAAAAAAAUUCUGAUUGUUACUGUUAAAUGUACUUAUGUGUAAAUAAUGUAUAAAGAUUGCAUUUUACUUGAUGUUUGUACAUUGUACAGCAUGUGAAACCUUACAGCUAUGUCAUACAUCAAUGCAAGUGAUGGGUUAUAUGACUGUGCACUAGAACAAUUCUGUGCGUAGGGCAAGACAGUGUUAUUCACUUUUGCUCAUUAACAGCCACAGGGUGUGCAGAUGUUCUGUGUUUGUGUUAAAAACAGCAACCAUUUCAGACCCAAGAAACCAAUUCAGGGGAUUUAAAUGCAUAAUCAACUGCUUUACUUCAGAAGUAAAUCGAAUAAGUGUUGUGUAACAAUGAAAACCACAUCCUGCCACUCUCCAUGGGUAAAGAUAAAUACCACUGGUGUAGGACAAUCUUUAAAAUUGUGUUUAACAGAUGUCAAGAUGCAGGGUAUUGAUGAGGACAAAGCCAGUUAAGUUUAACAUGCGAUUGCAAAAUAAAAGCCCUGGCCCAGGGCAGACUCCUAUCUUGAAAUGCCUUGUGAGGCAAGUAAUUAAACUUUUUUUAAAUGAUAUUUGUGUAAUGGUUGUAUCUGUGAAAUACAAAAUUAUGAAUAAACAAAAAUGCAUAAAUA